AUUUGCUUAUCACUGUUCCUCUUCUCUUUUGCUGUGGUUGUCGUCUCUAUCAGUAGGUAUUGGAGUGUUUCCUGGUAUUAUGUGUUGCAUUGGUGUCGUGUAUGUUGGUGGUUCCCAAAGCAAGAUGGCUGCCAGAAACCUACUCCUUCUUUCCAACUCAACAGUUCAUGGCAGUGGGUACCUUGACUGGGCUGCGGAAUAUGUUAAGGAGUUCUUGAAGAGCAAGUCAGUUCAGAGCGUGGUGUUUGUGCCGUAUGCGCUGCGGGACAUGGACUCGUAUGCUGAGAAGGCCAUCAAGAAGUUUAGUGCCUGGGGCUUUGAGAUGAGCAGCGUGCACCGUGCAGCAGACCCCAUAGCAGCUGUACGAGGGGCAGAGGCCAUCUUUGUAGGGGGUGGCAACACUUUUCAGCUGCUUAAGAACCUGUAUGACAACAAGCUUAUUGAACCCAUUAGGAAAAAAGUGCUGGAGGAAGGCGCCCCGUACAUAGGAAGCAGCGCAGGUACCAACGUCGCCACAGUCAGCAUCUGCACCACUAACGACAUGCCCAUUGUUCACCCCCCUUCGUUCACCGCCCUCAGCCUCGUUCCCUUCAACAUCAACCCCCACUACAUUGACGCCAACCCUGCCACCACACAUAUGGGCGAGACAAGAGAGGAGAGGAUAAUGCAAUACCACGAGCUUCCGAGUGUUCCCCCUGUGUUGGCGCUCAGAGAAGGGAGUCUCCUGAAGGUGGAAGGAGAUGUGGCAGUAGUCAAAGGGUUGUAUCCUGCCAGACUCUUUGUACGAGAGAAACAACCUGAAGAAUUUCCUGUCAAUUCCGAUUUGUCUUUCCUUCUUAAGCAGUGACUGAACGAACAACAACAACAACAACAACAACAACAACAACAACAAAAGCAGCAGCAAUGAGAGAGAGAGAGAGAGAGAG